GCGAGCAGUCUUGGUUGGUCUGCAACAACGAAGCCUCGAGACAGCAAGAAUAAGGAUUUGAUUCCUUGGGAGAGACGCAGAGGGCCGUUCUUUAGCAGACCGCGGUUGACGCUACAUGUAUCUCUUUGACGGAUAUGGUGGGCCAUCACCCUCCAAAGCCGGAGAUCAUGAGUUAGGUUCGGCGUCCUCGGGCAAUUGUGGUCGAACCAAACCAGCUCCAUCGAUUGGUUCGUUUCACGGGUUCAACGCUCUGCGCCUAUCACUAAACCGAACCGAAACCCAACCCAAUCCGGUCCAGUAUCUUCGUCGUGUGGGGUUCGGGUGUGAACCCGCUUCAAAUUGCAGGCAGUUCGCAGGAGCCCUUCGCACAGUCCAUUUCGUCAGUGCCGCCGCCGAGAGGGAGUGGAGAGCCCAGACGUGGCCGGGGGCGCGGUGCGUCGGCGAGCGAGCGAGCGAGCGCACGCGAGAGGUAGACUCGUAGGAGGUAGAGAUGGCUACGAACCCGUCGACGUACGCUCUGUCUCAGAGCUCGGACAGCAAGCAGCGGCUGCAGCAAAGGCGGAGACUGUUCCAGGAGACCGAAUGGACUCGAUCGGAUGGGCGCAGCUUCCAUCAGUGCAGACCUGCGUUUCUCAGGACAGGUGCUGCGAAUGCUGCCUCUGGAUCUGCUUAUGCAGAAUUUGGAGCGAUCAAGGUCAUUGUGUCAGUGUUUGGUCCAAGAGAGAGUAAGAAAGCUAUGAUGUAUAGCGGUACUGGAAGAUUGAACUGCAAUGUCAGCUACACAACUUUUUCAACUCCAGUUCGUGGACAGGGAUCAGACCACAAAGAGUACUCGUCGAUGCUUCAUAAAGCAUUGGAGGGAGCCAUAAUUCUAGAAACAUUCCCAAAGACUACAGUCGAUGUUUUUGCAUUGGUUCUGGAAUCUGGUGGUGGAGAUCUUCCAGUGAUCGUAACUUGUGCCAGUCUUGCACUGGCAGAUGCUGGAAUUAUGAUGUAUGACCUCGUUGCAUCAGUUUCUGUGUCUUGUUUUGGGAGAAAUCUUGUCAUUGACCCGACAUCGGAAGAGGAAGCCUGUCAAGAUGGAACCCUCAUGAUUACAUGCAUGCCCGCCCGAAACGAGGUCACGCAGCUUAUGCUCACAGGCGAGUGGACAACUGCCAAAAUUAACGAGGCAAUGGAGCUUUGUCUUGAUGCCUGCUCUAAGCUUGCUGAGAUCAUGAGGUCAUGCCUAAAGGAAGCUGCUUCUGGGUAGAGCUAAUACUUUGAAGUCUUCUCUAGCUGUUCAUACAGUGUAACUUGACCCGACUCGGAAAUUAUUUUACAGAACUUGUGAGACUGAUAGAAGUUCAUGACAGAUUUUUUUCCCAUCCCAUUUAUUUAGCUUGAAAAUUGUGCUCCUGUGAAUUACUGGAUUGAAAUAUAUUCAAUUAAUUUACUUCA